GGAGUAUGGUCCUUCUGCGUCUACGGAAGUGAUGGAGGAAAUGCUACGCAUAAGCAGACCCCAUCUACCUACAGAAGCAAUUUGAUCGUUGAGCGGGCAAGGUGAUCUGCUGUAGCAAGUAUCAGACCACAUUUGGAUGAGCUAUGUAUGCGCUUCUGCUGCAAGGCGAGAAUAUGCGGCGGCUAUACAGAAUGACUCUAAAUUGGCGGAGCAGAUGGUGAAAUUAGAAGAGGAGCGGACAGGGAGAAUGAUGGUUGAAGCAAAUCGGGAUGUGCUCAUGGAGGCCAUCAAGAAGUUAGAGGCAGAGCUGGCAGAGGCUAAAAAGAAGGUGACCGCCACAGAGGAGAAGCUGGUAGGCACUGUCGGACUCGAAGUAGAGCGAGACAAACUAAAAGCUGACUUGGUGGGUAUGACCAAUAAGUGGAUGGAGAAAAAUCAAGUCUGCGUACAGCAUGAAGCCCGUAUGGAGAAGCUUAGCAGUAUGAUGAACGACCUUGUGGAGGAUAUAAUGUCGUUGCAGACUGAUAAAGAGAUCUUAGAAAAAGAGAAAAAAGAACUGCAGCGAAAGUCAAAUGAUCUUGAGGCUAACACGGCGGACGCCAAGAAGCAGAAGCUGGAGACUAAACUUCUUCUAGGGAAGAAGUUGAAGGAAGCAGAAGAGGCGGUGAUCGAAGCCAAGAAGCAGUUAGAGGAGAUGGCUGAGAGGGCAGCAGAGGCGGCGAUUGAAGCCACAAGGCAACGCAUCCGAGAUCGUGAGAUCACCGAACGCAAACUUGCGAGGGUGGCUGAGGUAGAUACUGCGAAAUAUCUUGAUCUGACAUUACGCAAUAAGAAGCAGACCCUAGAAGAGAAAUGGGCAAAACUCGAGAUGUAUUGUAAAAGCGUCGAUGUGAAAAUAGAAGAGUAUGAUGUCGACGAGUAUUUGAAUGAACUCAGGGAUCUGCAGAUUUCCUAUCCGGCGUGUCAUCUUGAGAAGUUGAAGUUAAGGGGCGACGCGCUGGGGUCGAUGUAUAAUGCCAAUGGGGAAGCUAUUGAAGAUGGUGUUGUCAAUGAGGCUUCUGAACAGAAGGCAGUAGAAUCCGUGCCAGUUGCAGAGGCAAAGCCAGAUGGUGAAAGAGGUGUCGUAGAAUGAACGACACACUAUCUUUUUGCUAAAUUCUGUUAUGUUUUGCUGUGUAUUAAUUUUUGUAUAUGCAUUCUUUGGUAUUUUUUGGCCACUAGUAUAUAGACAAUUGUAAUAGAGCAAAUUAUCAAUACAAGUUGAGCUUUGUUUCAUGUUGGCUGUCUUGGUGUGUUUAUUGGAUGUGGUCGUUUUCAUUUAGAACUUAAUGGAAGGCAUGAUGACAGGUGAAAGUCAUAUGGUUUAUUCGGAUCAGAAGCUUCAUAGACCUUUUAGGCCAUUGCGUGCGAGGUAUAGUGAAAGAUCAUACAGAUGGUGGGAGAGAAUGCCCAGUGAUCAUCGUGAGUGGACGAAGGUUCCCUUUUUGAGGAGAAUCUUUGAUAACCCACAGUGGUUUUACUCAACGUGGGCGAUGGAGGAACUUAUCAGAAGUGACAUCCCGUACUGCAUAUCGUGUGAACGCUAUGGGUUAGGCCAUUCGAAGCUAGAGAGUGCGAUGGCAGAGUACAUGCGUCGUAUUGAAUGAGACUAAACAUGGGCAAGAGAAUAUUUGUAUAUAGAGAAUAGAUCAAUUAUGGAAUCAGAAAUUAAUAUUGUCAUUAAUGUAACAUAAUUUAUAAAUAACAA